AUGGCGGAAACAGGGGACGAGCAGAGACAGAGAGCAGCCCUGGUGGCUGCAUUUAACCACCAGCUCCGCGACUUUAACGGUCACGAAAGGAGUAUUGCUGCAGCGUACGAGCCGAAGAUAGCCGAGCUUCGCAGAAAGAUUCAGGAAGCUGAAGAGCAAGUUGAGCGGGAAGUAGAAGAGGCUCGCAGGAACUACGAUGCUGCCUGUGCCAAACUACUGAAGGAUUGGGUUGAUGAGCAAGGAAGCGAAGAGUCACUUGAGGGAGAUUCCGCUUCAAUAGUAAAAUCUAAGAAGACCAAAUAUGUCAUUCACAGCAUUAGCUAUGUUGGCUCCUGCAAUACGAGAGAACUGUGA